GUCAAGGAACGAACCUUCUUCUGUAGUGUAGUCCCCAACCUCCUUUUGCAAGUUAGAUAUGGAGGUGAGCGCUUCAGACGAAGUUUCUUCUUCCUUCUUCAACAGGCUCGAGUCGAAGAAACCGUCAUCGAGGGAUUUUGUUGAGCAGGGUUGAGUUCUUCUGUCCUCGUCGUCGCUGUUUGGUCGGCCGCUGUCAGCGGUUGGUGAUGGAAGAAAACACGAUUUUUCAACAGAAAGAUGCCCGCCGGAAGGAGAAGAUGGAGCACUGAAACGACCCAUUGUGACAAUCAGCGGACAGUCUAUGGGCGUGAGGGUGACUCAAAAAGUGACUCGAGAGUCAUCUAGUGGCCAAGAACGAGUGAAUUACUUCAAAUCUUACCUAUCAUCAUCAUCAGUCGAGUAAGUUAGUCGUACAGCUGCCUGUAGGAAAUCCCUCUCCGAUUCAUCCAUCAAUGGGAACAUCACCGAUGGAUCCUCAUUGUGCAUGACGGGGGUAGCUGGUCUUGACGCUUGAACUCGACGCUUCAGAGCGGCAACAGAAUGGACGGAAACGUUUGGAGUCGAUUUGGGCAAACACCUAGAAGAGUGAUGGCGAUUUCUGCAGAAUGA